AUCAAAGCAAAAGCAGCUUCUUCUCUCUUGUGAAUUUGGAUUUGCUAUAAGGCUUUUUGAUUAAGUCAAAAUCCAAAUUUCCAAGAAUGCCUGUCUCUAGAAUUGCAAUUGGAAACCCAGCUGAGUUUGGGCAGCCAGAUGCUCUCAAAGCAGCUCUUGCUGAAUUCAUCUCAGUUCUCAUUUUUGUUUUUGCUGGUGAAGGCUCUGGCAUGGCUUUCAGCAAGCUAACUGACGGUGCUUCAACGACACCGGCUGGCCUUAUAGCCGCUGCCUUGGCCCAUGCCUUUGCACUUUUCGUGGCGGUUUCCAUUGCAGCAAACAUCUCCGGCGGUCAUGUCAACCCUGCUGUCACAUUUGGUGCCUUUAUUGGCGGCAACAUCUCUCUCGUCAGGUCUGUCUUGUACUGGAUUGCCCAGUUGCUUGGAGCCGUGAUUGCUUGCUUGCUUCUCAGGUUUGCAACCGGUGGAUUGGAAACAUCUGCUUUCUCCCUAUCAAGCGGUGUGAGUGUAUGGAAUGCUGUGGUGCUGGAGAUUGUGAUCACCUUUGGUCUGGUUUACACAGUUUAUGCCACAGCCCUUGACCCAAAGAAGGGCAACAUAGGCAUCAUUGCCCCCAUUGCAAUUGGUUUCAUUGUUGGUGCCAACAUCUUGGUUGCUGGUGCCUUUGAUGGUGCAUCCAUGAACCCGGCAGUCUCCUUCGGACCCGCUGUCGUCAGCUGGACAUGGGACAACCACUGGGUCUACUGGCUCGGCCCAUUCAUCGGCGCUGCCAUUGCUGCCCUUGUCUACGAUCUCAUCUACAUCACCCCAGACACACAUGAGCAGCUCCCCACCACAGACUACUAAGCAAUUUCAAGGCUUUUUUUUUUUUUUCCCUUUCAGUUCAAGUGAUGAAAUGGGGUUUUGUCUCAAUGCUGUGGGUGGUUUGGUGAUGUUUGUAUUUGGAUGUUGUUAAUUGUUGAAUUCCAGUGGACUCUGUAUUGUUUUGUUUCUGUGCAAUUUGUGUUCAGUUUAAAAAAUGUUUUAGGUGCAAAGAGGCGCAUGUGCUUGAC